CAUGGAGGAGAGUCCCUGUCCCUGUCCCUGUCAAAGGGGGGCGUGUGGAAGAAGAAGGACGCUGGAUAAAAACCCGACUCCUCCAUUCAUCAUCUCCAUUCAUUCCAUCCUCUUCACACCCAUUUAUUCACUCGCCCACCCACACCCGCCUUUCCCACUCUCCACCUCCACUCAAUCCUCAGCACCAUCAAACAACCUCACAAUGUCCGCUGCAAAGUACUUCCCCUCUGAAUCCUCGCAACUCCUCUCCAUCACCCGUGAUGGCCCCCUCUUCAUCCUCACUAUGCUCGACAACGACAACCGCUUCACUACCGAGUUCUGCGCCGCGAUCUGUGAUGCCCUCGAUCACGUCUCCGAGGUCGUCUACAACGAAGGACUGACCGAGGCCGCCUUGAUCUCCCGUGGAGCAUCGGAGAAGUUUUAUUCGAACGGUCUUCAUAUCGAGAAGGCGUUCUCGGUCCCUGGGUUCACGGAGAACAUCUUCAUGCCGAUGUUGCACAAGAUCCUGGUCUUCACCAUUCCAACCGUUGCAUGUGUUAAUGGACACGCUUUUGCAGGCGGCAUGCUAAUGGCCAUGGCUCACGACUACCGCGUCAUGCGAAGCGAUCGUGGCUUCAUGUGCAUGAACGAGAUCGACUUGCCUUCGCCGCUGCCAUCGGGCAUGUCCGCCUUGCUGCGCUACAAGCUCCCUCACCACGUCUACCGCUCCGUCGUUCUCGAGGCCCGCCGCUAUUCUGGCAAGGACGCGCUCGCGAACCAUAUCGUCGAUGCCAUCCCCGAUACUGACGGCAUUGAUGCUACGUUCGAGCUCGCCAAGAAGCUCGCCCUCAAGAUCGCACCCAAAUCCAAGGCUGGUUCGAUCAUCCAAAACAUCAAGGAGGAUAUGUACCCCGAGGCCUCGUCUUACUUAUUGGUGGGUCAGGCCAAGUUGUAAACCAAUGAAAGGAAAUCAAAAUCCGUGUAUGUAUGUGCGUGUAUCAAUGUAUGAAUGGACGUAGAAGACCAUCCUUUGAAUAAAGUGAGC